GACGACGUGUUGAUGACAAUUGUCUGGAAAAUCCAUUUAAUUUGAUACCAGAAAUUGUUAGGCCCAAGUAACGACCGGUAAACAUGAUGAUGGUCAACACCCUAAGGGAAGAAAACAGUUAAGGUGAGAGUACAUAUUAAGAAUUCACUGAGAAAAUAGUUCCAAUGACAAUGAUGAUGGAUUAUGAUUGAUCAAAUCAAUGGUGAAUUAUUGAAUUCUAAUCAAUAACAUCAAGCCAACGAUAGCUACAAACAUCAUCACAAUCAAUGGAGAUUUAAUUUUAUAUGAACCAAAGAAAUCAAAUCUAUUCUUAAUAAGAACAGCAAACAAUUAACCAUGACAAUGCCAAUGGAAGCUGGUAAAUGGUCAAGAAAUUUAAAUGAGGAGGUUAUCAACGAAUCGAAUCGUUCCCGUUUAAUUGAGAAACAACGACAAUUAUUGGAAACGAAAAGGACUCGACAACAACAAGUGACCAUCACAUCAACAAGGCCUAAAUCUGCACGAAGCCUAAGGCCAGCGAGCAGUUUAAGUAGAUCAAGUGAAAAAUUAAUAGACAACAGAGAUAUAAAUUCAUUAGGAGGAGGUAUUAUUAACCCUAUUUCAGUAAAUUCUGGAAGCAGAGAUGAGGAUGACGACGAUGAUGAUAUAAACGAUUUGGAUGAUAACGAUGAUGAUAUUACAUCUAAUCAACGUCGUCUUAAAUCAGGCCAUUCGGGAAUGCGAUCUAGAAUGGCCAAUAAACGAAGUAGCUCACCAUCACCUUCAAUGUCACCAAUUGAUAAUCAACAAGGGUCAACAAUUAAAGGGCGAUCUUUAUCAUCUUUAUCAACUACUGCAACUAUCGGAACAACGUCUUCAUCUUCAUCAUCGGCAGCAACAAUUAGUCAAAAAUCAGCGAGAAAUCGUCCCAAUCAAUCAUCAAAUCGUAGCAUUGGUGGUGGUAAAAGUGCCAGCUCUUCAUAUGAAGAUCUUAAAGAUGAUGUGGAAACAAUUAAAUCAAUGGACAUGAAUGAAACUGGAUCAGAAUUAAAUCCAUUGAAAACAAUUCUAAAUAGUAAUGAGCUUCUCCUAUUCGCAACUCAGCCCGUUUCUCCAUGUAAAACAUAUCAAUGUAUCAUCAUGAGAGAUAAACGAGGAAUCGAUAGAUCAUUUUAUCCAACAUAUUAUAUCUACUUACAAUCAAUUAUCGAUAGACAACAUGAUGAUGAAAAUGAUAUUAACAUUGGUGGCGAAGGUAAAAAUGGUUCCAUCUCAUCACCGAGUAAUAGUGAUAAAGAUUUAUCCCCUUGUGAAUCUAAAUCAUUACCAACAAGGAAUCAAAGUGGAUCAACGACAACAAUUAAAUCGGCAACUAAUCGUCGGCAAGUAUUUCUUUUGGGUGGACGAAGGCGGAAAAAGAGUAAAACUUAUCUAAUUAGUAACGAUCCUUUUGAUAUAACUCGAGAUAAUUGUAUCGCUAAACUUAAAUCAAAUGUUCUUGGAACUUUAUUCAAUGCAAUCAGGAUAUCAAAUGAAAGGCAAAGAUAUGAAAUAUCAACAGUAAUUUAUGAAACUAAUGUCUUGGGAUUCAAAGGACCACGAAAAAUGACUGUGAUUAUGCCCAAAAGUGAUGAGGUGUGUCCAUUUCCAACUUCUUCUCUACUGGAAUUAUGGAAGACUGAUCCAGCCAACAAGUCACUUAUAUCACUCAAGAAUAAAACUCCAGUUUGGAACGAAGAUACUCAAUCUUAUGUUCUCAAUUUUCAUGGUCGGGUAACACAACCAAGCGUCAAGAACUUUCAACUUGUAGUGGCAAGAAAAUCUGAUGAUAAUGGUGGAGAUGUUGAUGAUUUAUUUUACACCGGAGGAAAUACUAAUAGAAGUGAUAAUAAUAUGACUUCGAGUGGAAAUUCAACUAAUAAUAGCGGUAAUGGUUCACUUAAAGGAGUUGCAGCGGCGAGUAGGAUGUCACCAUCUUCAUCGGCAUCGCCAACCUUUUUCCCUACUAAUCCUGCACCUAAUUCGGGAUCAAUGGGACAACUUGAUGAAGAUAUUGCUAUGCAAUUCGGACGGAUUAGUGAUAAAGAAUUCACUUGCGAUGUUACUUGGCCAUUGUCCAUUCUUCAAGCCUUUUGUAUUGCACUGAGUAGCUUUGAUUCUAAGUUGGCAUGUGAAUAAUCAUAAAUCACCUUGCACUUAACCAUAAUCAUAACUGGAUUAAGAUUAAUACAAUUAUCAUAAUCUCCUUGUGGGGGAAAUCAAUUAAACUGGUGGGCACAACAAAUCACAAUACGAACAAAAUUUUCAAUUGUUUAGCUGAUUAGUUACAUGGUGAUCACGAUUCCAAUAAUGUUUAGAGUUGAUGAUGAUCAAGUGGCGAUGCAAUCAAUUGGAAACAAUUAAUUACCUGUUAUUAACCUUUUAAUUUGCUAAAUUAAUGUUUCCGAAAGUUUUAUAUUUUCAAUGUAAUCUGAAUGAUAAUAUUAAUAAUGAUAAUCAGGUAGAAGAUGAAAACAAUCAAAUAAUAACAUUUGAUUGAGCAAACUCAUUGGUUGAAGACAAAUUAAUUUGUGUAUAAUAAUUAAAAUCAAUGACAUCUAUUAAUAUA